AUGGCCGCCGCCAACAACGCCCUCACCCCGCCUUCGCUGCCCACUGCCCCUACGUCGCCCUCUGUCGCGAAACGGAAGCACGCCGACACGGCCGGGGCACUUUCCAAUGGCGUGUCAACAGCUGCGCAAAAGAAAGCCUCGAAUGGAACUGCGCACUCCCUGCAGACAGUGCUCGAGGACGUAGUGUCCAUCUUGAAGAGCUACGACACGCAGCCUUCGAUCCUAGCCCACCCCAUCACCUCCUCGCCGGCCCGCAGCUCCUCUGGCGAAGCUGACUCCAAACGCGCCAGGCUGGCACAGUCGACCAGCUCUACGACCAUCACCGAUCGCGUCCAUGACGGGUCGUAUGACUCUCUGCAAGCGCUGGAGGAAGACGUGCAGAGCGCAACUGCAGAGAUUCUGGCCUCGACCGGUGGCUCUGACACCCCAACAACCCUCGAGCAAACGAAGCUUCAGGCCAAGGUGCUCGCAUUCCAGAAGAUUCUCAGCAACCUCGUAGACCGUGAAGAGGCACGAAGAGUGCAGUCCCAGCAGGACAAGGCGGAUAGUACUAUUGCGACUCAGAUUCCAGCAGAUGAAGAUGCUACGAGGCCAGUCAAAGAAGAAGAGGCGGACGAGGACGAAACAGAGCCGACGAGUCGAACUGUCUUGACGCUUUUUGGAAGCGCACAGGGUCCGAAGCAACUUUUCUCAAGCUUGCAGCAACCACACAGGAUUGCGCCUGCAGAUGCUAUACCCGCCUUUGACACUUCGGUCAAGGUCACCCUGCCCCUUCGAGAGGCUACCCUGCCCCAGAACAUCCAGACCACCGAGGUGUUCCCGCUUCUUGAUCCAAUGGACGAAAAGAAGAAGAAACCCACAACCAUUGGUGAAGUCUUCCGUGCACCGGCCCAUCUACCGCAGAUCAGCCCCCCCAAGAUUAUGAGACCGACUACAAGCAAGGGCAACACCAUCACAUUUGCGCAUGCGGAACCGACCAGACCUAAGCGCAAGGGAUCUCAGUCGUAUGCUCAUCAAAGUCAGUCUGCUGGGUUUUGGCUCGGAUACGGAGGGGUUGAUGUGCCCAGAGACCAGAUAUCGCCGACGGCACGACAAAAGAGCAGGCAACGUGCGUUGAGCACUGGUGAAGCUCAGCAACCACCGUCUGAAGCUAUUCUGGUAGCAGUCCAGCAAGCCAAGGAGGACGCUAUGUUUCGCAGCGCAUACUCUAGCUUCGCACCCACCCGCGAUGAUGCAACUGCCAUAAUUCCAGAGGAGACCAAGAACAAAGUAUGGUGGCAGAAGGUCGGGGAAAAACGCUUCCAUGAAGUAUUCCCUAUUGACCCGCAGCUCCUGGACGCCGAGGGGCUUGCUGAGGCCAAGGCCAACGGCACUGUCCGUGAGGACGAUGAUUUCAAAGACGCCGUGGAGAACUACGUGCCUAUCGAAAACAACAUUUUCCCUGACGCCGAAGAAAAUCACGAGCAUGACAAGGAUACAGAUGAGAUACUCAGGGAAGUAUCAGAGCUCAUCGAGACUCUCGCAUCCCAUCAAAGGAUACGUAAUUCAUCAUUGACAACAAAUCCUCGCACGCCGGUAGUACAAAAUUCGUCACUUGCCCAGCUGGUUGGCAGCCCCUCCACCCCUUCGUCGGACGAAAUCGAUGUUUACCAAAUUCUCAAAUCACAGUUGACCCUGAUGAUCUCCCAACUGCCACCGUAUGUUGUUGCUAAGUUGAACGGAGAUCAGCUGGAGGAGCUCAACAUCAGUCGAACCAUACUUUUCGACACCAAGGAAUACAAGGGAGUCAUGGAAGAAGACCAGCUAUCGAGGCUCGCAAAGGCACCCGUAGUAGCUGCUGUUCCUCCUCCAACACUCACUCGCGCUGGCUCCAGCUCACAAUCUCUUUACGCCGCCAGCGGUACGCAGUACGGGCGACCAUCUUCGUCAGCUCGUCCAGUGCAGGCAGCGCCAGCAUAUCACUCUCAACCGCACCGAUCAUCUUCUAUACAGUUUCAGCGCUCACCAUCUGGGCCCUCUCAGAGCUACCAAGCUGGAGCAGGAUCAUACGCUCCUUCUUCGCGGCCAGGCUAUGCUGCAACUCCGAGUCACAACUUACAGACACCCCGACCAGGUGGUCAGUACUACCAGCAACGCCCCUCGCAAUCAGGUGCCUAUGGUGGUGCUGCGAGCUCACAAUUUUAUCAAGGGACACCGCAAACCCAGGGACAAAAUCGCUAUGCACCGCAGCAGACCCAGAAUGGUUAUUAUCAAAGGUCAGCUAACGUCGCACCGAUGUAUGGCACGCCACAAGCACGUACGGGAUCGCCUAUGAAAACAGGCGCCGCAACAACCCCUUCAGCAUACGGAACGCGACCUGGGUACGUGGCAUCGGGGGGUCAAAUGGCCAGCACGUAUUAUGGUCCGUCCCAGUACGGCACUCCACAAGCCCCUGUCACCCGCACAGGCUACACUGGCCUACCAUCCAGCAAUGCUCAACAGAUGAUGAUCGAUAGGCAGCAGGCGCAGGUAGUGGCUCAAUCACAGGCACGCCUUGCAGCACAGAAUAGCUUCAGCAGUAGGCAGGGCUCUGGGACGCCACAGCCGCCAAAUGGCUCCUACAGCGGUCCGCCAAAUGGAGCGUCAAUGUCAACAUGA